ACAUAACAUGAAACCAACGUGUCUGUCUCAGAAAAAAAUGCAAAAACAGUGACUGAGGUUUUUAUUGUUGUUACAAAGUUAGUUAACACUUUAUUAUGAUGACAUUGAUGUUUGCAUCGUAAUUAUCGAAACCAAACUUGUCCAAAAAAAAAAUCUAUUUCUCCACAAACAAAACAACACUUUGUAUUAUUCAUCAUUUUACAUAUUUUUCUUAGAUUCUUCACACUCUCUCUUAGAUUUCAUCGCCUUCAACCUUAUAAUCUCAUAGACCCACUUAACAAUUUUCAUUCUUUCUUAUAGAUCACACUACCCUUUGAGCUGAAAAGAAAGAAAGUUUAGUUUUUUACUGGUGGGGUUGGUUCCAAAAAAAUGGCAUCAUUCUCAGUUCCAUGCCCCAAAUGUCCUGUUCCUUCUUCCCUUUUGGGUUUGAAAUCUAACAAGAUCUUGUUUCAAAGUGGGUUGAGUUUGAAGAAUUCUCAAUCAUUUGGAUCUUUGUCUGCUGAGUCAGCUUCAUUUGGAAUUCAGUGUCUUAACAAGAAACAAUUUCCUGUCAAGAUUCAAGCACAACUUAACGAGGCUGCUGUUGUCGAAAAUUUGAACUCUGCACCUACUGUUGCUUCAUCAGAAGAGAAAGAAAACCAAAAUGGGAGUGUCCCUGCUAGCACUGUGUCAGAUGAAUCUGCAAUUUCUGCAUUCAUGUCUCAAGUUGCUGACCUUGUAAUACUUGUGGAUUCAAGAGAUAUUGUGGAGCUGCAACUAAAGCAAUCUGAUUAUGAACUCGUGAUAAGAAAAAAAGAAGCUUUGCAGCCUCCACCAGCCACGGCUAUGCCGCAAUCAGCACCACCAUUGUACUAUCCGACACUUCCUUUGCCGCCACCCCCGCCACCGACAGCUUAUUCUGCUACUGCGAGCUCUCCACCUUCGAAAGCAACACCUGCCUUACCUCCCCCCAAAACAAGUGCAUCAUCUCACCCACCGCUGAAAUGUCCGAUGGCAGGAACCUUUUACAGGUGCCCUGGACCUGGCGAACCUCCAUUUGUCCAGGUGGGAGAUACAGUGCAAAAAGGCCAAGUUAUUUGCAUUAUUGAGGCUAUGAAACUGAUGAAUGAAAUUGAGGCUGAUCAAUCAGGAACAAUAGCUGAGAUACUAGUUGAGGAUGGAAAACCAGUUAGUGUAGACUUGCCUCUUUUCGUAAUAGUUCCAUGAGUACCAAAGGAACCUCAUUUCAAAGUCGAAGCGAGUCUCACUUGUUGGAUAGUGUGGUGUUUGAUGAUGUAGAUUUCCCUUUAAUCAGAAAUUUAUUGAGUGAUAUUCAUCGUCUAAUAUUAAGAAAUCGUUGCCUUCUUAAGCCUUCGCCUCCUCCUCUUAAUUUAUCUAGAGAUAUUUUAGACACAAGAUUCAGCAUAUAAGAAUGGAUAUCGAACUUUGUAAUUCUAAGCAGUUUUGAUAUUUGUACUAUUAAUUAAUGUUUUAUGCAUUUGGUUUUUGAAGAGUCUCUUUCUUCUAUGAACCUGUUGGAUGUUAUGUUCUUGCUUGUAAUUUUUCAUAGGUUCUUUCUGUUGCUAAAAGACUUCUAUUCGCAGCAAUUUGUUAUAAGUGUAAUAAAAAGCAUAUAAAAUACAAUUGAAGUCAAAAUUGUUGUAUCUUUUAUAGAUUUGUUUAGUAACAGUUAUUGCUA